AGCAGCACUUUUAGAGGAAGAAAGCGGCCGGACGGCUCACAGACGCCAAGAACCAACCCAAGCCUCCAAAAACCACUUGAAUUAAUAUUUUUAGAGCCAAAAUGACGACCGCACCAUAUAACUAUUCCUAUAUUUUCAAAUAUAUCAUUAUUGGUGACAUGGGGGUUGGCAAGUCCUGUUUACUCCACCAGUUCACAGAAAAGAAAUUUAUGGCUGACUGUCCUCAUACAAUCGGUGUUGAGUUUGGCACACGGAUAAUUGAAGUGAGUGGGCAGAAGGUGAAGCUUCAGAUUUGGGACACGGCAGGUCAGGAGAGGUUUCGUGCUGUCACACGCAGCUACUACAGAGGAGCCGCUGGGGCCCUCAUGGUGUAUGACAUCACCAGGCGAAGCACGUACAAUCACCUUAGCAGCUGGCUGACUGAUGCCAGGAAUCUCACCAACCCCAAUACUGUCAUCAUUCUAAUCGGUAACAAAGCAGACCUAGAAGCCCAGCGAGAUGUCACAUAUGAAGAGGCCAAGCAGUUUGCUGAAGAGAACGGUUUGUUGUUCCUUGAGGCAAGUGCAAAAACAGGCGAGAAUGUGGAGGAUGCUUUUCUGGAAGCUGCCAAGAAGAUCUACCAGAACAUUCAGGACGGCAGCCUGGACCUGAACGCAGCCGAGUCAGGGGUCCAGCACAAGCCCACCGCCCCGCAGGGAGGGCGGCUCAGCAGCGACGCACAGCCCCAGAAAGAGGGCUGCAGCUGUUAAUGACCAUGGAGACUUCUCUCUCUAUCUCUCUCUCUCUGCUCCUUCCUCUCCCACAAAUCCCACCUGUAUCUAAAGCCUCUCCCCCCCGCAGUGUGAUUGCUCGCAGAGGCCUGACGGCUCUGUGUGAUGGAGGUGUAACAUAAUUCAUUCACUCAUUCCUUCCUUACCGCUCUCUUCUUUUCCCUUCUUCUCCUGUCUCCUUCCCUCACUUGUUUUGCUUGUUUCUCAUACACGCACACAUCCCAGUGCUCCCAGCAAGCACUCGAGGGAGGACGGCGGCUCCUCUGCUGAACACUAAUCCUAAAGAGAGAAGAUGAUUGUCGAUAAACUGAAGAGAUGCUGGGUUUAUCCUUUUACAGACGUGGUGAUGUGCAUAACUAUAAACUAAACCAUCUCAAUGUACAGGAGCUGUCUGAAUACUAGCGUAAUGUAAACCAAACAUUGGCAAACCUUAUUCAUGAUGUCACAGGUGAUCAGAGGACAUGCGUCAACACUGUAUGUAACAUUGUUUUUGUUAAACAACAACGAUGACGAAAAUCUAUAACUAAACUAUUGUAUUCUGUUUUAAAUUAGUUUUGUUUCUUUCCAGUUUCACAUUCAAUCACCAAAUAUUUAUCCCUGUUUGUACCUAUUCAGGAAGUAAUAUACAUGUAAUAUACAAGAUUAGUAUUGUUUUGAGAGGAAUUCCAAUGGGACGGUCCAUUGUAAAACAAACAAAAAAAAGGUCGAUUCAGACAGUUAUUUUAACCUAGUAACUGUUAGAGUAAUAUAUUGAAGAGGACAGGAUGAUUUUUAGGUCGUGAAGAAUGUUUUCCGGACUUUGCAGUUUUGAUUUGGUUUUUCCUGAGGGUCUGGAGCUUGUUUUGUGUUUAUUAUAGUCUUAAGUCUGUCCAGCUUUCAGAUCUCCUGUUUUCGAGCAGCUUUAAAAAUCAAAGCAGCUUAAGAAGCAGACCGACAGGAGAAUAUUCCAGAUUCAGGCCCUCGUCAUAUCAACACAUUCACGUUGUUUUUACAUUGAUGAUUUCAGUUGCCUUAUGAUUUGCUUUUGUUCACUCUGAUGUGCUGCCCGUUUUACUCACGAUGAAAGUUUUAUCGAAUGAAUUCCAGCGAUUUUUGCCUUUCAUAUGCAUUCCAUUAAACCGAUUUCCAAACACUGAUCAUGUUUUCCGCUGAGCUGAGUUUCUUAAGCAUGAUGCAUGGCUUUUUACAGGCAUCAGGGUUCCCCCUUCCCUAUAGGGAGUCAUGAACGCCCUAUAAUCUAUGAAUAUGUAACAAAUUUGCCACCAUAGCAUGAGAAACAUCAUUAUGGAGAAACUCGGCCCACAAACUUACCACCACAACUACAAUGGGCUGAUGCGUCAACCAGUUUGGUUCUCCAUAGAGGCACAUUUGCAAUGAACAGAUACAAAGGCAAAAACCCGAGCACUCCAAAUUUGAUUUCUUUUCUAUUCAGAUUUGUGGUAGAUUUUAGGUGUGUUUUGUAAACUGAGAAUCCACUUUUAAUUUGCUCCUGUUGUCUUGCUUUAUUUUUUUUCACAUCUUAAUGACAUCUGCGAAAAUUAAUCUGCUCUUGAACUCAAGUUUGUCUUCUGUAAGUGACUUUUUCUUUGUAAUUAUGUUAAUAAAAACAAUACUGUAUACUGUG